AUGAAUAGUGAAUACGAUUAUUUGUUCAAGUUAUUGUUGAUCGGAAAUUCCGGUGUUGGUAAAUCGUGUUUGUUGUUGAGAUUUUCAGAUGAUACGUAUACAAACGAUUAUAUAUCGACCAUUGGAGUAGAUUUCAAGAUCAAGACUGUUGAGUUAGAUGGUAAAACCGUUAAACUACAAAUCUGGGAUACUGCGGGUCAGGAAAGGUUCCGUACUAUAACAUCGUCGUACUAUCGUGGAUCUCAUGGUAUUAUUAUUGUUUACGACGUUACCGAUCAGGAAAGUUUUAAUGGCGUCAAGAUGUGGCUACAAGAGAUUGACCGUUACGCCACUUCAACAGUUUUGAAACUGCUGGUGGGAAAUAAAUGUGAUCUGAAAGAAAAACGUGUUGUCGAAUAUGACGUUGCUAAGGAGUUUGCUGACGCUAACAAGAUGCCGUUUUUGGAGACCAGUGCCUUGGACUCAACUAAUGUUGAAGAAGCUUUCUUGACCAUGGCAAGACAAAUCAAGGAUAGCAUGGCACAGCAACAAAGACACGAUGGGAACUCAGGUAAUCAAAAAGAUGAUAGUGGAAACGUUAACUUGAAAGGUCAAAGUUUGACAGGUUCAAAUGCUGGUGGAUGUUGUUAG